AUGUCUUUUGGAACUACCUACUUCACGCCUGCACCCAUCGGACGCGAGAUGGAUUUUGGCGCUCCUGGUUCCCGUCAAGGCCUCCAUCAGCGAACCUGUAGCGGCGGUGCCUACGCGGAGGAGAUGUUCAUAGUCCCCAAGUUGGGAGCUGAUCCUAGGGAUUUCUAUGCUCAGGAUGAUAAAGACCUUGCCCCGGCUGGUACGGGUGCCAAGCAGCCUCGCGAUAGAAUGCGCCUUAACAGGAUUCUCAAUGGCUCUGAACAGCAGCAGCAAAAUCCAGCUGACCAGUACCAAGGUUAUUCAUUCCAGGAUAACUCUCCUACCCUCCAGUCCUUCCAAACAUCUGCGGGACUGCCCGUCUCCACCUUUCCUGUCUCGCCGGUCGCUUCGCUCUCUCCUAUGACCCCCUCGGAUGGCUCCCCAGUCCCUGCUGGCAUGGCUCCAACCCUGGCCACCAUGUCCUCGCCCAUGUCGCCCAUGACAUCUUUUUCGACUAUGAGUCAGCCGAGCCUGAUUUUCGAGGACGUUAUGCCUUAUUCAUACAAUAUUCCUCAGUAUCACACACAGCCAUAUCCCUUCAAGCAUGCUGGAAAUGCUAAGCCAAUGGAUGAAUCUGUGUUUGCUGUGGGUGCGGUCUCUGCCCAUUCUCCUCAAGCACAUCAUUACUGUAGCCAAAGCCCAGAUCCGUCAGGCUCCCCAACGGUCCUUGCAGCCUUCCCUCAGCGUUCGAUGAGCUCGUUUGUUGACAAUCAGUAUCCUGUACCCAACUCCCCACCUUCGUCCUUCUAUCAUGGCCAAAAUCAGAUUCCCUCUCCCUACAGUGUUGGAUCUCACAGUCCCAUCUCAACUGGAUCUUACUCAUCAGCGUACGCGAACCCAGAGACUGCAAACUCAUUCACGCCUACGCCUCCUACUACGCCUCACUAUGGAUUUUCUGGAACGACGGACAAUCGUUACUCAGCAGGACCACUGCCGAUGUAUAACGACCAUUUUGCAUUCCAGCAACAGCCCACCCCGCGCUCAAACCGAUCAACCACCUUCCGUGCCCGCAAGACGCCAUAUGAACCUCGUACUUCACGAACGUCAGAGCAAGGAGCGGCGGGCGUUGCGCCUGUUCCAAGGCGAUUCCAAUGUCCAGAGUGCGAAAAGGCAUUCCCUACGAAGGGUGAGCUGGCCUCUCAUUCUCGUUGCCACCUAAAGGUUCCGGCAUUUUUAUGCGGGAUUUGUGGACGUCCCUUCAAGCGUAGGACAGACUAUGUUCGCCACGUUCGAAAUGUCCAUGAGGAGGUGGGUCGCUACGGCUGUGCCCAGUGCGGCGAGCGUUUCGGAAGGCUAGACAAGUUGAAGCGACACGACAAGCGGGGAUGCGGGGCUGACAAGGAGGAGGAUGAACAGUGA